GCAAAUAGAAAAAUAUACAAACUCUUCUGGUUCAAACAAUUUUGGCAGCAUAAAAUGAUUUUGAUUCAAGAAUUAUGUUGAAUUAUUAUAGUGAUUUCCCUCGUAGUUCUGGUUCCGACUUAUUGUCGAAGGGCUCGUUGUAUCCUGGGAGAAGAUUUCCGUUCACCGGAAAUACUUUCAGAGGACAGCAUUUACGCGUGUCGAGCCACAUUCUUUUUGUUAUUCUUCUUUGCAGGUGUUUCUCAAAAGUGGCUGCUUUGCUCAUUGGAUCCAGGGAAGGUGAUUCACCAGCAACAUCAGUGAACAACUUAACAAUGAACAAACUUGCUGUGACUACCGUAUGUACUUCGUAUUACGCCGCCAUAAACCGAGCCACCGAGGAAAGGAAGAGAAGCAACUAGCCGGAGUGCUGCGUAUAUGCCGGCCAGAACUAUAUCGCUAGGAGCAAGUGACGUCGGAGGAUUAUCCCAACAGAUUUCAAGGACAUAGAUUAUAGGUCUAGUUUUGAACCCACUAAGACCUUUGUAUCAAAAUAGUAUUGUGUUAAAAAAUUAAGUACUACGUAUAAUUAAAAUUUUGUUAUUUCAUCCUUCAAUACAACUUUAUCUAAUAAUAUGAUUUUA